AUGAACACCCAUGACAACCUCAAUACUCUUGGCUGGGGCAUGGGGAAAACUGGGGCGAUGAACUAUGUCGAUAUCCCGCGGAAACCUUCUGAUGCUGAACUACAAGCCAUUCAGGCCAGGUGUAACGAAAUCAUCCGCGCCAGCUUCCCAAUCACAGUCGAGACCCCGGAGGAUGCCAAGGUCCAUAAGAUGCCCGGCGAUUAUGACCAGAGUAAAGGAGUUGUCCGUGUGGUCCGGAUCGGCGACAUUGAUAGCGAUACAUGUUGCGGCACUCACCUCUCCCAAACAUCCCACAUCUCACUCAUCCUCGUCCAUCACGGCGAACCAGUCCACGGGAAGAACUACCGCCUCUACUUUUCCGUCGGCGAUCGAGCCAUCAAUCUUGCGACAGCCUCCCUUGGUGCAAUGAGCUCUCUCUCAAAGCUGCUCUCGUGCAAAAACACGUCCGAGGAAGUUGUCCAGACCGUCAAGAGUGUGCAGAGCUCCGCGGCGGAUCUCAAGAAGAGGGAAAAGAAGCUUCUCGCGGAUAUUGCCGAGUUUGAAGCAGACGCUGCAAAGGUCAAAUUGCAAUCUACGAAGAGUGUCUGGGUUCAUCGUGCAGAUGGCAACGCGGACUUUGUGAAGUGGGUUACCGUCAAUGUCAAGGACGCUGUGAUGGCUUGUGGUGGAAUUGCUGUCUUGGCUACUGGAGAUGACGGUAACAGCGGACAAAUUUCUGUUCUCGGUGAGAAGGCUGCUGUCGAGGCGCUGGUACUAAAGAUCAAGGAUGUUGUGACGGGGGUGAAGGGUGGCGGUGGUGGAGAGAAGUGGCAGGGAAAGGUCACGGUAUGGGAAAAGGGCAACCUGAAAGCUCUGAAGGACUUGGUAGAGGGUUUUGGAAUAUGA